AACAGUUCGUCAGACACAUCGGAAGCUUGAUAGACAAAAUAGACGAAGCAAUAAAGCUCUUUAGACGCUUUCGUGUAUAUUAGCCACUGUGUUUUAAAUCAACUUCAGUCGUUUAGUUAGUUAUCCCAUUUAAUUUCAUAUUUACGGUGUUGUUGUUAGUCAGCUAGAGGGCUUGUUAAGUUAGCAUUAGCCUAGCUAGCUAACAUCCCGACCAUGAGCUCACUAAACUACUUCCCUUUUGCUGAAGAAGAGGCGGUCUGCUGGACGGAGAAAGAAGAUCUGGGGCUGAACAUUGUUGUCAAAGAGGAGGAGGAAGAGGAGGCUGUUACAAUACAAAAACAAGUAGCUGGUGAGGCUGUUACAGUGAAAGAAGAAGAGAAAGACGUUUCAGUGAAAGAAGAAGAGAAAGACGUUUCAGUGAAAGAAGAGGAAGACGCGUUCAGAGUGAAAGAGGAGGAGGAUGUUACAGUAAAAGAAGAGGAGGAAGAGAAAAAGGUUGAGGAGGAAGAAGAGGAAACUGGAUAUCUGGGCCCGGAUUCCCAAAGGCAUCUUAAGGCGUCCAAUGGUUCAAAUGAUGAACUUAGCCGUAAGAUGGUUUUGAGAAACCAUUCCCUGAUUAACACUCGAGAGAGACAUGACGAUCGUGGAUCCUCUGGGGAGCCUCAACAACAUCAUGAAGCUGAAGAGGCAGAGGAGAGUUUUUCCGCAUCAGAACAUCUCAAGAAACAGAAGCGGAAACGCACAGGGAAGAAACCUCUUCGCUGCUCUGACUGUGGGAAGAGAUUCACCUCUUCAGCAGACCUCAAAAGACAUCAGAGAAUCCACACAGGAGAGAAACCUUAUAGCUGUGAUCAAUGUGGGAAGAGAUUUACUGAUCUCAGCAGCCUGAAAAGACACCAGAGAAUUCACACGGGAGAGAAACCUUAUAGAUGCACUGACUGUGGGAAGAGUUUUAAUGUUCCAAGCAGCCUGAAAACACACCAAAGAAUUCACACAGGAGAGAAACCUUAUAGCUGCACUGACUGUGGGAAGAGUUUUAAUGUUCCAAGCAGCCUGAAAACACACCAAAGAAUUCACACGGGAGAGAAACCUUAUAGCUGUGAUCAAUGUGGGAAGAGUUUUGUUUCAUCUAGCCAGCUGACUGUACACCAGAGACCACACACAGGAGAGAAAUGUUAUAGCUGUGAUCAAUGUGGGAAGAGUUUUGUUUCAUCGAGCAAGCUGACUGCACACCAGAAAACACACACAGGAGAGAAAUCGUAUAGCUGUGAUCAAUGUGGGAAGAGAUACUCUGGUAAAAGAUCCCUGAUGAGACAUCAGAAAAUACAUGAAGGAGUUGUUCCAUGAUAUCAAUAAAAUGUCACAAUGUAGAACCCUAAAUGUUUGUCCCCUGUUCUAUUGAUUUCAACAUGAUAUGGAUAUUAACCUCAUCAAGGGAAAAAUCCAGGUUCUGAAAUGAAAGAGUACUAUUUAUGUGAUUAACAAAAAGUGUUGCGUUACACUUAUCUCGUCGGUGAUCCACUUGAAUCAAAAUACAA